AUGACAACCCCACAACCACCCAGAAACCUUCAUGCUCCUUUGCGUCGUGUGCUUCCUGAAAAGCAAAGUAGUGGAGUUCAAAAUGUGGUAAUUCAACAACAACAACAACAUAUAUCCUCACACCCUUUACUAUUCAAUUUAAAAUCCAACGACACCACAACCUCAGUAGAUUCGAGUUAUUCCUCAGACCAUUCCACACUUUCACGAGAAACUAGCGACAGUUCAAAUACUUCUUCCUCUUCAAAAGAAUUUUUUGAAAAAAAUUUUUUAGAAGAAUUAUCUUCUGUUCCCCCUUCAAGUCUUUCCGAGGAAAAAGAAAUAAAUGAUUCUUUAUUAGAAUUUGCAAUUAGAUUGGGGUUUGAUAAACAACAAUUAAAAAUUGUUUUAAAUAAAUUAAAUAAAAAUGGACAAAAAGAGGAGGACGAUAAAGUUUUGUUGGAAUUAAUUAAAUUGGGAGGAAGAAGAAAGGAAGAAGAAUUAAUAGAAAAUAAUUGUAAUAAUUAUUUAAAAUUAUUACGCCCUAUUGUUAUUGAUGGAAGCAAUAUUGCUAUGACUCACGGAAACAAAGCCUUUUUCUCCUGUCGUGGUAUUCGUGAAUGUGUUAAUUACUUUACAGAACGUGGACAUACAGACAUUUUAGUUUUUGUCCCUCAAUUUCGUCGAGAACAAUCUAGAUCAGAUUCUCCAAUUAUUGAUCAGCAUAUUUUAAAUGAAUUGGAAAAAGAAGGAAAAUUAAUUUGGACACCAAGUAGAAGAAUAGGUGGAAGGAGAAUUGUUUGUCACGAUGAUCGUUAUAUUUUAAAAACAGCCUCGGAAAAACAAGCAGUAAUUGUUUCCAACGACGAAUAUAGAGAUUUGGUUAAAGAAAAUCCCCGAUGGCGUUCUGUCGUUGAAAAUUAUCUUUUAAUGUAUAGCUUUGUUGAUGGAAAAUUUAUGCCCCCCGACGACCCUCUUGGAAGGCAAGGCCCCAAUUUAGACCAAUUAUUAACUUUUGGACAUUCCUCUAUUAAUUCACAACCUUGCCCUUAUGCUAAAAAAUGUACUUAUGGAAAUAAAUGCAAGUGA